GGACUUUCCCACUGCGCCAUUCUCCCAAGUCCCAACAUUCUUCCGACACAACUCUAACUCUUUAUGUAAGUUUUUGUGGGACAUAGAUUUCACGAUACAUGCAUAUUGUUUACAACCAUCUAACUACGCUUAAUCUUGAACAACAUAACCUUCCUUCAAAUUUUGCCUGCUCUCCUACUCUGUUCUUCACCGUUAGCCUACUCAGCCACUGGGGUCCAGUUCGUGUGUGCUAAAAUCCUAAGCAGCAUUUAUGCCCUCCUCAUUUACGCUUCUCGACCCUCCGGCGGUUCGUGACAUCUUGAAACUGCGCCUGUGGGCGCCAUUGAAGCUUGAAGUGCCAUGAGGGGCGCGUCGAAGUCCCACCCUUCAAACCCCGGACUUACUCGACACGAUAUCAUACCUGCAACCAAUCCCAGAGUCACUCCAAAUACUCCAGUUCCUGAGCCGCCCCCUCGUUCUUCGAAAAGAGACGACUAUUCUCGGGUCACGGUCCUUGUAGACGAGGCAGACGUCCUCUUCGAUCCGGACUUUCAAGAAUCCACUCGCAUGCUUCUUGGUGAUAUUACUGCAGCCCGUGGUUCACCUGUCCCAACACGCGGGAACAAAAAUGCAGACAUCGAGCGCCGCAUCCGUCGCGUAUGGGCCAAAGAUGCCCUCGUGCACUCCAAGACCGCAACCGGUUUCGGCCCCAUCAAACUCUCCAAGCUCCUCGUCUUCUGCAACAAAUCCAGCAAAGUCGAGCAACUGGCUGCAUUCCUCGACGGCUGCGGGAUCAAACGCGUCGCGCUCACCGGUGGUGUGGAAAUGCAGAAACGAGGGUCGAAUCAUCAUCUCGACGGGUCCUUGGGGCCUGUCCAGACGGGUCCGGGUGUGUGUCAUCCGGCUCAGACACCUCAUGUGCUUGUCACGACCUCGCUUCUUUCCCGUGGGCUAUAUUUUUCGCCUAUGAUCAAGCAUGUGUUCAUUGUUGACGAGCCGAGGAAUUUGAUUGAUUUUUUGCAUCGUGCUGGUUGUGCUGGACGUGCGGGCCAGGUGGGAAAGGUGGUGGUGUUUGGGAGGGCGAAAGGGAGUGGUAGUGGGCGGAUGGAGGAGGUUAAAGAGAAAGUCAAGGCUUGCUGGAUAGAUGGUGGUGUUACAGUGAAACUCCUGAUAACAUUUGUGAUAAAACUAUGCUUAAUCGACAACGCGACUUCCCUUGACAUAAAUCUCACCUCCUCUCUCACUCUGUUCUUAACCAUUAACCACUCUUACAGGUCCAGUUCGUGUGUGCAAGCUUUAAACAGCAUUCAUGCUCUCCUCAAAGUUUCCUUACACUCCUACGACCCUCCGGACGUCCGCCAAACCGCGCCCAUGGGUGCCAUUGAAGUAUAA